CAUGACGUCACCACCAGGAAGCUUCUCCACAGACACAGCAGCUGCAGUGGAGUGCUGCAGUUCCCGAGACGAGCAGAGAUGUCAGCAGAGAGCACUGUUGCCAGACAGAAAAGAACAACUCAAUUUCAGCCGCUGAUAAUUAUUGGAAGGAUUAAGAUUUUUUUUUAAUAGAAGUCAUUCGCAAAUCUGUUUACAUUUCUGGAGCCAGUUGAUAUUAAAAAAUAAAAAUAAAAAAAGUUUUUUUUUCUGGAAUACCCCUUUAAAUUGUUAAAAACGCUGGGUGCGGGGGGGCCCAUAGACUUGCUUUGAGGGGGUGUGGCCAUGAUGUCACAACCCCUGCUGUCCACUCCAUGUGUUGGGAACAUAAUAUUCCGAACGCUCGGGCAGCAGAGUACCCCCUUUUAAUCGGAUACCAACGUUUUGAGCUUGUCCCUUCUUCAGGCUGCGUGAGAACUUGGGUUCCUGUAAAUUACUUAAAGGGGUACUCUGCCCCUAGACAUCUUAUCCCCUAGCCAAAGGAUAGGGAAUAAGAUGUCUGAUCGGGGUAGGGUCCGGCCACUGGGACCCCCCACGAUCUCCGUGCCGGCACCCCACUUGGCCCGGGUGGCCGUGGUCAUGACGUCACGCCGCGCCCCCUCCCACGCCGCGCCCCCCCUGGAUUUUGGAAUUUCUUUCGUCCCCGCUCCUGUGCACCGAAAUCAAAUCUGGUGUAACUGAUCACAUGACUGUGACAUCAUCAAAAGGUGCCCUGGCGCCCGAACUACACCUCAUGUUCUCUCAAUUGUGGUUUCACUUUCAUUUCGCUGUAGAUGGUGGAGACUCACAGCUCGAGAACAUGGUCAUCGUCACCAGUGACUGACCGGAGGUGAACGAGGACACGGACCACAUGGCUGCAAGGAUACUAGACCUCACCCUAGAGAUCAUCUACUGGAUAUCUGAGGAGGAUUACACCAUAGUGAAGAAGACAUGGGGGGAGUGUGUGGCCCCCAGCAGCCAUCUCCAUGAGUCAGGAGGACGGAGCAGGGCCCGGGGCCCCAUCACGGAGCCUCCACCUCACUCACUGAUACAUGAGAAGAAGAUCCUAGAACUCAUCCACAGGAUCACUGAGCUGCUGACUGGAGAGGUUCCUAUAAGGUGUCAGGAUGUGGCGGUCUAUUUCUCCAUGGAGGAGUGGGAGUAUGUAGAAGGACACAAGGAUCUGUACCAGGACAUAGUCAUGAUGGAGGAUCAGCAGCCCCUCUUAUCAUCAGGAAUGGACAAGGACAGAAACCAGAUGGCUGCAAGAAUAUUAGCCUUCUUCCUAGAUAUAAUCUACUGGAUAUCUGGAGAGGAUUAUACCAUAGUGAAGAAGACAUGGGGGGAGUGUGUGGCCCCCAGCAGCCAUCUCCAUGAGUCAGGAGGACGGAGCAGGACCCGGGGCCCCAUCACGGAGCCUCCACCUCACUCACUGAUACAUGAGGAGAAGAUCCUAGAACUCACCCACAGGAUCACUGAGCUGCUGACUGGAGAGGUUCCUAUAAGGUGUCAGGAUGUGGCGGUCUAUUUCUCCAUGGAGGAGUGGGAGUAUGUAGAAGGACACAAGGAUCUGUACCAGGACAUAAUGAUGAUUGACCGACCAGAAGUGGAUAAAGACCGAAAUCAAAUGGCUGCAGAGAUAUUAGUUUUUGCUCAAGAAUUGAUGUACUUGAUAUCUGGUGAGGACAAUACAAUAGUGAAGAAGUCAACUGUAGAGAGUGUCACCCCCCAUGAGUCAAAAGGGUUGAGCAGAGUCCAGGGUCCCAAAACGGAGCCUCCACCUCACUCACUGAUACAUAAGCAGAAGAUCCAAGAACUCAUCCACAGGAUCACUGAGCUGCUGACUGGAGAGGUUCCUAUAAGGUGUCAGGAUGUGGCGGUCUAUUUCUCCAUGGAGGAGUGGGAGUAUGUAGAAGGACACAAGGAUCUGUACCAGGACAUAGUCAUGAUGGAGGAUCACCGGCCCCUCACAUCACAAGAUGGAGUCAUUGAUAGUAAUCCACCCGAGAGGUGUCCCCGUCCUCUGUCUUCCCAGGACUUUCCAGAGGGAAAUGUCCCAGAGAACCAUCAGGGUGAAGAUCUCAUGGAUAUUAAGGUUGAGGUUAAGGAUGAAGCAGAAGACGAACAGCGGUAUGGAGUCAUUGAUAAAAAUCCACCCGAGAGGUGUCCCCGUCCUCUGUAUUCCCAGGACUGUCCAGAGGGAAAUGUCCCAGAGAACUAUCAGGGUGAAAAUCUGGAUGAAAUUGAGGCUGAGGUAAAAGUUGAAGCAGAAGAGGAGUUUCUCCCAGAGAAGUAUCAGGGGGGAGAUCUGACUAAUAAUAAAGUAGAGGAUGAAGAAGAGAGGAUGAGGGGCCAUCACCCGUGUAUGAGUGAAGUGAAGGAGGAAAUUCCAGGAGGUGUUACCUCAGGACCUGAGAAUCAAAACACAAUUGAGGUGGUGUUAUCAGAAGAGGAGGGUUAUGGCGGCAAUAAAAAGCGGAGCCGACAUUCUGCAAAAAUAUCAAGACCUGGAAGAGGCAGAUCUGAUUCUACUGUGGUCAUCUCCAGAAAAGGAUCUGGGAGCCAGAUGAUGUUAUCGGAGGAGGAAUAUGGUGGUGGAAAAAAAGAGCGGAGCCAACUUACAUCGAAAAAUUCAACACCUGCCCGGGGCAGAUCUACUUUUACUUCUGUGGUCAGCUCAAAAACAGAAAAUUCCAAUAUGAACUAUGAUGGAACGUUCAUGUUAUCACUAAAUUAUGAAGAAGACGAAGGUAUGAUUAACCUUAACGGAAGAACUGCAUCACAUGACCCCCCUAGGCAUAAGGAAUCUUCUCCUGACCAAUCACAGAUUGAUACAAGUACAGGUCAGAAAGGGGGGAAGCAGAUUCAAUGUGAUGACUGUGGAAAAGAGUUUACAAAAAGAGAAGAUCUUUGGAAACACAGAAGAAUUCAUACAAGAAAGAAGCCAUAUCCAUGUUCAGAAUGUGGGAGAUGCUUUGCAGACAAAACAAAUCUUAUUAUACAUGAGAGAAUUCACACAGGAGAAAAACCAUUUUCAUGUUCAGAAUGUGGGAAAAGUUUUUCCAGGAAAUCGAUUCUGGUAAAACAUGAAACAACUCAUACAGGAGAGAAGCCGUAUUCAUGUUCUGAAUGUGAAAAAUGUUUUGCAUGUAAAGCACAUCUUGAGAGACAUAUGAGAAUUCACACAGGAGAGAAGCCGUAUUCAUGUUCAGAAUGUGGAAAAUGUUUUGCAGACAAGGCACAUCUUGUUGUACAUGAGAGAAGUCACACAGGAGAGAAGCCAUUUUCAUGUUUAGAAUGUGGGAAAUCUUUUACAAAUAAACCAGGUCUUGUUAUUCAUGAGAGAAGUCAUACAGGAGAGAAGCCAUAUUCGUGUUCAGAAUGUGAGAAAUGUUUUACAGAUAAAUCUAGUCUUGUUACACAUCAACGAAGUCACACAGGAGAGAAGCCGUUUUCAUGUUCAGAAUGUGGAAAAUAUUUUGUAAAUCAGUCGAGUCUCGCUGCUCAUAAGAGACGACACACAGGAGAGAAGCCACAUUCGUGUUCAGAAUGUGGGAAAUGUUUUACAGAUAGAUUCACUCUCAAUAUACACGAGCGAAAUCACACAGGAGAGAGGCCAUUUUCAUGUUCAGAAUGUGGGAAAAGUUUUAUAAGCAAAUCAUAUCUUCUUGUACACGAGAGAUGUCACAAAGUAGAGAAGCAAUAUCCAUGUUCAGAAUGUGGGAAAUGUUUUAUUACUAGAUUUAGAUUAAAGAAUCAUCAGAAAAAUCACCAGAGUCAUCAGAAAUAAUAUAUAAAAUCUAUUUAUACAUUUUUUUUUUUUUAUAAAACAUUAGGAAACCACAACCACAUUUUUUUUAACUAAUCAGGUAAUUCACAUUGUUUUUUAAUUGUCAAUAAAUAUGGAUUGAUUUUAUAUGUAUCUGACGUAUCUGCUAUCGGAUAUGUGGUGCUGGACUGCUCCUCUGUUCAUCUGGUAUAGUGCAUCUCUCGGCUUCGUUCUCGUGAUCAGUCGGGACAGAAGGCUAUCCAGCCUUUUUUUUUUGGUUAUGUGGUGCUGGGGUGGGGUUUAUAAAAAAAAAAUACAAAACACUAUACUUACCUCUGUCUGGUCAUGAAAUAUUUUGUGUUCUUCCUGCUUAAAGGUGAGCACUGAGACCCGCAUGACCUGCUCGCUCAGCCAAUCUCAGGCCAAGAUAGGAAACCGCUGUGGCCAGUGACUGGAUGAGCCGGCUGGUUCUGCUCCAGGCACUGGUUUUGAAGGCAGGAAGCAGAGUUUAAAGAGGGCUUGAUAAACCUUUUAAAGGAGAUGUCCAGCGCAGACUUUUUCUAUUCCGUUCUGC